AUGGCUGAAUCGUGUAAUGUAAAAUUAAGAUUUGGAUCUCCUCAAGUUGUUGUUCCAACAUGCGAGAAACACCCAGAGGAAUAUCAAAACUUUUUCUGCAAUGAUUGUGAUGAAUUCAUAUGUACAGAGUGUGUCAAGACUGACCAUCGAGAUCAUGACUGGAAUACAGUGCGAAAAAUAUCAAUCAAGAGAAAGAGCCGUCUCUCUGGGAAAUGUGGGGAAAUCAGGGAUGGGGACUUGCCAAAAAUCAUCGAUCAGAUUUCUAAAGUUGAUUCGCUAAUGAAGCAAAAUGUUGCAGAUCGUGAUGGAGAAAUAACCCGACUUGAAGCUCACUCAAAAGAUGUUAUCAAAGAAUUUGACAGAGUUGUUAUGGACAGGAAAAAGGUUUUAGAAAGUGGUUUUGAAAGGAAGAACAGAAAACUAAGAGAAAUUAAGUCAAAGCUAAAGACCAAAGAAGCAAAACUUCGAGAAACGGUUUGUGAACUUGAAGGAUCAUCUCUCUCCGAUUACACUUUGUUGAAUGUUGACUGUAGGUUAAACAAGGUUUUGUCCAUAGUAAGCGAUGACAAUAUAGAGGACUACAGAUAUUCAAUGCAUUUCAAGAGUGGCAUAAUGACAGAGAAAAGUCUAGAAUCUCUACUGGGUACAGUGAAAGAUUAUGACGACUUUUCUCUGACAAAGAUUGCCUCGUUCAAACACGAAAAAGGGAACAUCAUUGCUCUAGAAGUGGAUGACCAUGGCAAUGCUGUGUUGGUGGCCUCUAACCAAACUUUCUUGGAUACAAUCAACACUAAAGGUAAAUGCUUUUGUCGAACCGAGAUUGGCUGCGACAUCAACGAUUUCGUUGUACUUGUUAAUGGGGAUAUUGUAUUCUCGGACGGCAGUAGCGGAGCGAUAAAAAAGACUACCGACAACACGGUUGAGACCCUAGUAGAAACUUCUCCGCUGACUCCAGAGGGUAUUUGUCUGACAAAUACAUGUGAUGACGACAUUUUGGUCACUAUGUCCGACCCAUCCCAGGAUAUCAAAGACAGCAAAGGUCUAGUUAAAAUGUUCUCUGUGCAUGGGCGCGAAAAGAUGGUUUUUGAGUAUCAUGAAAAUGGGAAAAGGCUUUUCACAUUGCCUUUUCGUAUUGUUCAGAACAAAAAUGAAGACAUAUGCGUAUUGGAUAACUUAAGUGAAGAACAAGGUGUGCUUCACACAAUCUCAAAAGGAGGUAGCUCUCAAUUUAUUUACGAAGGAAAUCCUGGUCAACAACACUCCUUCUGUCCAGUGGAUGUAGUUUGUGACAACUUUUGCAAUCUGAUUGUAAUGGACGCAAUAAACUACGCCAUUCACCUUCUGGAUUCCAUGGGAAAUUUCAUGAAAUACUUGAGAACAGACCCAGAGGACAGGAAAGCUUCUUUAUCACUGGCCCUCUAUGGGGACAUCCUUUGGACAGGGGGUCACAGUGGACAUAUCAGAGUGUACCGAUACUCCAAUCAUUUCUAGCAUUUCAGGACAAUUAUACCACUCAGUUGUCACAAUCAAACCACGCAUCUAUCGGCUGUGAUGUAGCAAAGACAAUAUUGACUAUAAUAUUCAAAGUUUUUGUAAUCAGAAAACAAAUACCGAUGUACAUUGCACCAAUUCGUAACUAAACACUUACAAAUAUUAAUUACCAUAAAAACAAAAUGUCUUUGAUCUCAUUUUAAUAAAAUUAAUCAUCAUAGUAA